AUGGUUGGCAUUCCUGAGGCUCUUGUCCACAUCCAAAUCACCCACAAACAUAUAGCACACAAUCCAAGCUACAAGCUAUACCCUAUAUACUUCACUACAGUUUACCUUUCAAAGACCAAUCCGGAUCGCCACUACACCCGCUCCCCAGGCACUUCAUCCCUACCUUCUAAAUUCCCUCGUACCGCGCGCGAUCCGAGUCGCGAUAUUGGAUUCGCGUACAAUGGCAAGACGCUCCAGCCGCUUACUUCGCGCUCUAUACACGUCCAGACGCUCCCGCCUCCCGUCGCCAGCGGAUGGGCCCGGUUUCUUGUACGCUUUUGUCGAUUCCGAUGUCUACUGGAAAGUAGGUUGUAUGGCGAAGAAAAGCUGAAUCGUUGGCGCACAUUUUAUUGGAACAUAGAUGCCUCAGCCGACCUCGCAAUUACUGUGCCAACUGUUCCAAGGCACACAUUGAAAUAUUUAUCAUCCCUGGUCAUUGGUGGUAUAUCUGGGGAACUAUCAUUCUACCAGUCCUUGCAAGAGCAGCAGCUGCAUAAUGAUGAUCGUCGACGUCCCGACAUUCGCGACCCUGCUAUGCCUCGAUAUAUCGAUAUCGACGACGUCUCCAUGUCCCGACGUCCCGAUGUCGACGACGUCUCGAUGUCCCUACGUCUCAAUAUCGACGAUGUCUCGACGUCUCGACGUCCCGACAUCGCGUACCCUUAUUCUCAUCCGCGAAAAUUUCCAACAAUCCCGAUUAGACUAAAAAAUCCCUGCAUAUUCAGCACGCGAAAACGUUGUAAAAUGACGUCGGGCUUUAUUGGACUAUUCCUGAGUGGUUUAGUGGUAGAAUUUUCUGUAUAAUCUCAUGUUAUUCUCUACAUAAUGUCCGUUGGAUUACAAUGUGAUUAAAUAAUAUAUUCUGUUCCUGCUUAGAGGGAGAAUUUU